AGUAUACGGCCCAACUGCGGCAAAACCGACGGCGUCGCGUCGAAUCGACGGGAAGGGAAGGCGCAGGCGAUCCCCAUUCCCAUCCCAUCGGCGGCGUCUGCUCGUCGCGGCGAGGAGCAGGAGGAGGAGAGGCAGCGAUGAGCGUGAUGGGGAGGCUCAGGAUCUUCGUUGUGCAGGAGCCGGUGGUCGCCGCCUCUUGCCUCAUCGCCGGCUUCGGUCUUUUUCUUCCAGCCAUUGGCAGGCCCAUCUUGGAUUCUUUUGAGACUGUCAAACAAGUUCCCCAACCAGCUCUAAGUGAUGUGGUUGCUGGUGUUACUGGCAAGAAUUAAGAAGGAUAUGACGUUCUCCGCUUCUCCCCCUUUUUUGUGUUUGUACUUGUGAUAUGGAGCUGUAUUGUUGCUACUUGGUUUUGCACCGAGAUGAUAAGGCUCUCAGACUAUUUUCACGUGCAUUUGAUGCUUUUCAAAAGUUCGGUGACCAGCAUGAGUCCUUCAUUGUUUGUCAAAAUAAUUGAUGCAGCCAAAAGUAUUUUUCAGCGUACUGCGGUAUGAGAAAAAUAAAAUGAUGAACAUUCGUUGCUCA